AAUCAGUCAGCGGGAGUGAUCAGUUGGUGUGAAGAGGAUUUUCCUGCACUUUUCCACAGAGAGGGAGUGAGAGAGAGAGAAUUUAAAGGAAAGCUUCGCAGGAUGUCUGACAAGGAAUUCAAUGAGCUCGUCUUCUACGUGUCCGGGAUGAAGCAGCAGCUCAACACUCAGGAGCGGAUAAUUCAGAUGCAGAACAACAGAAUAGAAGAGCAGGGAAGGGUGAUUGAUGAACUAGCAUGGCAGCUGAGGGAUUUACGAGCUGCCGUGCGUGAGGUGCGUGAAUAUCAAGUGAGGAAUGCAAAAACGCGAAUCUACGAGAAUGCCGAAGGUGUUUGCCUGCGGAAGCAGACAGUUUCAUCUGGGAAUAGGAAGUGCAGCAUGAGGCCAGGAAGUUCCUCGCGCUUCUCAGUAGAUUCCCUGAAUGAAGGAGAUGGGAUUUAUGAACCAAUAAACUUCCCACGCAGAGAUUAUACAGCACAGAGUGAUUCACUGUGCAACCGCCUCUCUGUUCUCUCCUCCGUUGCUGAGCAACCUGCUGAUGAGGAGGACACCACCCUCGAUAGAGCUUCUUCCCUCGAAACCCUCUUCCGGACAUUUCAAGUGGGCUCCACAAAGGGUAGUCCCAUCGAUACGGGAGGACGUGAAACAAAGUAGACUCUCAUAAGGCUUCCUACCAUCUGCUACAUCAUUAAACAUCCCCAAAGUGUCUCAUUGGUCUCAAUUCAUCCGUCGAAACAUAAAACAGCUGGAAGGAUCCUCCCUGGGCGGGGAUACCUACGUGAGGACUAUCUGUUUAUGUGUUCACAGCAAAAACUGCAACACUUUCGCUCUAAAUUCAUUACUUGAAGCACGCUUGCAAUUAAUUUGCCAAAUGGCUAAACAUUGAAGUAUUUAAUAGGGUGCAAAUGCUCAUAAACAUUUCGCAUUUUACGAGGAAGAAAAUGUAAAUAUUUUCAUUGGAUGAAAAUUAUUGCAUCGACGCCCAAAUUUUACACGAAUUUACACAAAUACAUUUACUUUAAUUUACUUGUAA